CUCCUCCUGCCUUAUGUCUGUGAGCUCCCGUCUCUGUCUACCCAGCCUGUGCUGCUCUCUCUCUCUCUAACUCACAAUCUCUCUCACUGAGUUCCACGCUCUCCCAGCCACAAUGAAAACCUCCAGGCAAAGUACCUACUCUGUGCGCUCCUCCACCAGCAGCAAGACUCCCAGCAUGUCAUUCCAACGCACCUCCGCCUCUCCUGUCUACAGGGCCCCCACCAUCCACGGCGGGGCCGGCGGGACCCGCAUCAGCAUCUCCUCCAGCUCCCGCCACGGACUGGGAGCCGGCAUGAUGGGGUCAGGGGGCUCUGGGGCUGGGGGCUACUCCAGCAGUGUGCAGGUGAGCGGGAACAGCGCCGACAUCAUGGGCAACGAGAAGUUUGCCAUGCAGAACCUGAACGACCGUCUGGCCAGCUACCUGGACACAGUGAGGAACCUGGAGCAGGCCAACCACAAGCUGGAGAUCAAGAUCAAGGAGGCCCUGGAGAAGAGCGGGCCCGACUUCAGGGACUACAGCAAGUACCAGGCCGUCCUGGAUGACCUGAGACAGAAGGUGUUCGACGCCACUACCGACAACGCCCGCCUGAUCCUCAACAUCGACAACGCUCGCCUGGCGGCUGAUGACUUCAGGGUGAAAUUUGAGUCCGAGCUGGCCAUCCGCCAGUCGGUGGAGGCCGACAUCGUCGGUCUGAGGAAGCUCAUCGACGACACCAACAUGAGCCGCAUGAACCUGGAGAGCGAGAUCGAAACCCUGAAAGAGGAGCUCAUCCACCUCAAGAAGAACCACGAAAAUGAAGUCAUGGAGAUUCGUAACCAGAUCGCCCAGUCAGGAGUCCAAGUGGAUGUCGACGCUCCUAAAGGACAGGACCUGGCUCAGAUCAUGAAAGAAAUAAGGGCCAAGUACGAGAAGAUGGCUCUGCAGAACCAGGAAGAACUCAAAACAUGGCACGAGUCUCAGAUAACAGAAGUGCAGACCCAGGUCUGCCAGAACACGGAGGCUCUGAAGGGGGCCCAGACAGAGGUGAACGACCUGCGCAGACAGGUGCAAACCAUGGAGAUCGACCUGGAGUCACAGAGGAACAUGAAAGCCUCUCUGGAGGGCACACUGAGGGACACAGAGAUGCGUUACAACAUGGAGAUGGAGGCCCUCAACCACAUCCUCCUGGGGCUUGAGGCCGAGCUCACACAGCUGCGUAACAACAUCCAGCAGCAGACGCAGGAGUACCAGAGCCUGCUCAACCUGAAGAUGAAGCUGGAGGCUGAGAUCGCCCAAUACAGACGGCUGCUGGACGGGGAAGACUUUACGCUCCAGGACGCUCUGGAGGACCAGAGAACAGUGAAGACCAAAGUGAUGACCGUCACGCAGACCGUGGUGGACGGCAAGGUGGUGUCCUCCAGCACAGAAACCAAGAACCUUUGAGUCCCAGAAGCAACCGCCUGACACUCCCAUCAAUCACCGUUGCCGCAUCCUAACACUAACACAUAAUUGGGCAAAAUGUAUCUCCUUUCUUAUUACUUAUUGAGAGCGCUAACCGCUGACCCAGCAAUUUCUUUGACUUCAUGGGUAUAUACAGCUGCUCCAAAGGUAUAUGAAAUAAAACUGGAUUAGAGGAAAACUGAAUCAUCAUUCAUUUAUUUAUUUCAUCAUGAUUUAUUUAUGAGUUUGAGAAUUGGAGAACUGUGCACUUCUUUUUAUUUUUUUUCAGAGUGAAACUAAUUGAAGACAUUGAAAAUGUCAAAGUAAUAAAAUAGUCCAAAUGAAUUCAAAACAAGCUUUAUGCAUCAUCAUCUUUGGUUUUCUUUCUGUCCAGUUAAUUCUGCCUGUUGCGCUGUCAUUUUCCCAGAUUUCAAUAAAGUCCAUCAGAGAAAUGUA